GCAGAUCGGUAUGGUUGAAAACUUGGUUGAGCCUCAGUGUGUGCUUAUUACUGGUGGCUGCGGAUUUAUUGGGUCAAAUUUUAUCAAUUUUAUUGCUGAUCGCUGGAAGUCGUCUAGAAUAGUGAACUACGAUAAACUAGCAUUUGGUGCAUCUCCUAAUCAUGUGGAAAAACGAGUUCGAGACUCGGGCAGAUACACUUUUGUUGAAGCACGUUUGGAGGAUCAGGAUACUCUUGAUAGAUGUCUGCACGAUCAUCAGGUGGAUAUGGUUAUCCAUUUUGCCGCUAUCACUCAUGUAGACGAAUCUUACACGGAUCGUGUGGGAACAAUCCAAGAUAAUGUGAUAUCAACGACAACGUUGCUAGAGAGUAUCAUGAAUAGGAACUACAAGGGAGUGAAGAGAUUCGUACAUAUUAGUACAGAUGAGGUGUACGGAGAUUCUUUUGAGGAUGCUACACCCAAGACUGAGACUUCAUUACCAAAUCCCACUAAUCCUUAUGCUGCAAGUAAAGCAGCUUGUGAAAUGAUCAUUCGCUCGUAUUGGCACUCAUACAAGCUUCCUUACGUUAUGGUUCGUAUGAAUAAUGUAUAUGGGCCCCGACAAGCUGGCACAAAGCUCAUACCAAAGUUCACCAAGUUGGCAUUAGAAGGGAAACCAUACCCUCUAAUGGGUGACGGUUUGCAUACCAGAAGCUGGAUGUAUGUAGAAGACUGUUCGGAGGCGAUUAGAAGGGUUGCUGAGGAUGGUCAACUAGGAGAAGUUUACAACAUCGGUACCGAUUUUGAGUUGACCAAUAUCGAACUUACAAGGAAGAUACAUAACAUUGUCAAUAAGCUGCAGAAGCGAAAAGAGUCGCCCCCUUCUUUCAUCCCUAUACCGGACCGGCCUUACCACGAUCGUCGAUACUACAUCGACUUCUCCAAGAUCAAAAAGGCGAUGGGCUGGCAGUGUACGACCCCAUUCGACGAGGGUCUGAUGAAGACCAUCGAUUAUUAUGUAAAAAACAGCAAGCACGAAGUUGUCCCUUCUCGUUUGCAUGGAUAAUUCGUACUACCCUGCUGCGAAGUUCAGAAAGUCUAGCCUUAGUCUUUUGUAUGAUCUGCUGCAGAACUUGUCAUUAGCUCUUAUAUCUGAAUUUCGCAUUCCAGGGAUACAGUGUGUCAUUAGUUAGGUGAUGUUUUCAUGUGUUGUAUCUUCGCCAUUUGUUCCUCUCACUGCUUCACCGCGCUCCUCCGUGU